AUGUUGUUAGGAUUCUGUGCUGCCACCUACGAGAUCUUGGACUGGGAUAUGGGCCCCUUCUUCAUUGCGGCUACCAUUCGCGUGCGCGCGUCACUACGUGUCCUUGCGGUUGUCCAGGUCUACGGACCUGCGGAUCACUCCCGCUCGGCGGAGUUCUUAGGAGAACUCCAAGACAAGGUGCUCGCGAUCUCUGCAGCACAGACCCCUGUGUUGGUAGGUGGUGACUUCAAUUUGAUCCGCUCGGGGGCGGAUAAGAACAACAGCAACGUUAACUGGCCAAGGGUGGCGAUGUUUAACAACGCUAUUGCGUCUAUGGCACUUAGGGAAGUGGCCAGAACUGGAGCCAGAGAGGAGCAGAGGGCUGGCCUCCGUGCAGAUGUGUGGUUGCCGUCCCAGCGGGUGCUGGACAGCGAGAACGCCGAGUUGGGACUGGCGUUUCUCCCUAAGGAGAUCGAUGAUGCUCUGAAUAGUAUGAAAGCCGACACGGCGCCGGGUCCAGACGGGUGGCCGGUGGCCAUGUUCAAACGUUUCUGGCCUCUUCUCCGCGAUCCCAUCUUUGAGGUGUGCAAUGGCUUUAUGCGCGGAAUGGUAGAUAUUGCUAGACUCAACUAUGGCGUUCUCUCGCUCAUUCCCAAAGUGUCCGAUGCGGACAACAUCCGUCAGUUCCGCCCCAUCGCACUUAUCAACGUGCCUUUCAAGAUUUGCGCUAAAGCAUGUACUUCUCGCUUAAUUCCUAUUGCGCACCGCACCAUUAGCCGUUCGCAAUCUGCGUUUAUUAGGGGUCGCCACAUCCUUGAGGGCCCGCUUGCACUCCAGGAAGUGCUCCACGAGCUCAAGCGUACGAACGAACCAGCUAUCCUCCUCAAACUAGACUUUGAGAAAGCGUACGAUCACGUUAAUUGGGACUUUUUACGCCAGGUUCUCCUUAGCCAAGGCUUCUCGGCGGUUUGGGUUCACUGCGUAAUGCAGCUGGUCUCGGGGGGCCAGACUGUGAUCUCGGUCAACGGAGAAGUAGGGCACUUCUUCCAUAACAAGCGGGGACUGCGUCAGGGCGACCCGAUGUCCCCUAUCUUGUUUAACUUUGUCGUCGAUGCGUUGGCGGCGAUGCUGCGCAAAGCCACCGAGGCUGGACACAUCAAAGACCUGCAUAGCGUGGCCUCCGUCAAAGCCAUCCUUCUUGGUUUCGAGCUCAUGUCUGGGCUAAAAAUAAACUUCCACAAAUGUGAAGUCCUGCCCAUGGGCCUUGAUGCCGCGGACGGUCGGCGAAUUGCGGACUUGCUUAACUGCAAGAUCUCCCAAGGGGAGGCAGGUUUGUGGGCUGAUCUCCUUCGGGCCAAGUACUUCCCGAACGGUUCCUUCUUCCAAGGGGCGACUCGGGGCUCCCCCUUCUGGAACGACCUUCAAUCAGUUCGCCAGGCCUUCACCUUGGGGGCCAAGUUUGCCAUUGGUGACGGCAGAUCCGCUCGGUUCUGGCUAGAUCUUUGGAUCGGAACCCAACCUCUUUGGGUGGAAUUCCAGGACCUAUACUCUAUCGCGGUUGACCCGGACCUCACGGUGGCUUCAGUCUUGUCGUCAUCCCCUCCAGCGAUUUACCUCCGGCGCGAGCUUUCCGCCGUGGAGCAGGCCAGCCUCGAGGCGAUGCAGCAACUUAUUGGUCAAACUACGCUAUCCAGGCAAGCGGAUUCGGUGUCCUGGACCUUUACCGCGUCCGGCAAGUUCACAGUCCGAUCGCUGUACCGGAGGUUGUGCCAAGGUCCAUCCCUGCCCGCUUAUGGGCUAUGGAAAGCGCGCCUUCCGCUGAAAAUCAAGGUGUUUUUCUGGCAGCUGUUCAGAAACAGACUGCCCACCUCUGACAACGUCGCCAAAAGGUAG